CAGUGAUGAAACUCAGAAACAUAUUCUCUUUGAUUUUCGGCAAACGAGCAUCGUUUUCUGUAAACCAGUCAGUAAGAUACGCAAAAUGAACGUAUUCCUCGUUGCGUUUGAAAUUCUUUUCAUCUUUAAUUCGAUUCCCAUUGGGAUGUUUCAAAUGGUUCCAUCUAAGCGAACAUGUGUGAUGCAAGGAGCAUUUGAAAUCAACGAUGGAACGUGUGCUAAUUAUUAUAUAUGUGUUUUUAACGGACUUGAAUUCACGUCAUACGAUGUAUCGUGCUCACCUUCGAUGGUAUUUGAUCCCUUGCUAAAAUAUUGCACAUCGUCUUCGAAUUAUAUCUGUACACAAAUUGCAUCAUCGACAUCAAGUUCCACAUCAAGUUCCACGUCAAGUUCCACGUCGAGUUCCACGUCAAGUUCCACGUCAAGUUCCACGUCAAGUGCGACACCAAGUACGACAACAAGUACGACACCAAGUACGACAACAAGUACGACACCAAGUACGACACCAAGUACGACACCAAGUACGACACCAAGUACGACAACAAGUACGACACCAAGUACGACGCCAAGUACGACGCCAAGUCCAUGCGUUACAAGUGGUAGAUUUCCAAUAAGUGACAUCAAUUGUCAGCGCUAUUAUUUCUGUUAUGUGAAUGGUGCAAUGACCAUCAAAUAUGAUCUUAAGUGCCCAAGCAUUUUGAAAUUUAACAACGUAACGCAAAAAUGUGUAUUACCUUGUCCAGGUAGUAAACCAUGUCCACCUUGUGUAUUGUCUAAAUAAAUUUUCUUGAAAUAAAUUAUAAAUCUCUUAAAGAUAUUUUCAAUAUAUUGUUCGAUUAUGUUCUUAUUAAAAUUAUAUCAUAGAUAAUAAAACUAUCGUAUGUAUAUGUGAGAUUAAAUAUCGUGAAAUAAAAAAUUUUCUGAAAUGUAAAUACGUAUUGAAUAAUUCAUCAUGAUAAAAUCUCUUUUGAACAUGUAUCUAAGUUUUAGAUGCGAAUGAUAUAAAGUUUUGACAUAGAUACGAUAUAGAUACAAGAAUGUUAUAUAUUAUGAAAUAUUCAAUAUGUAUAUAUGUACAUUAUAUUUUACUUAUCUUAUUUCAAAAAGAGUUCUAACUACUUGAUCUACUAAUACAGAUAAAAGAUAUAGAAUAUCGCAUAUAACGUAAUUCCAUGGUGGUGAUUCUAUGUGUAAAAAUGAGUCAAUAACGUAGGAUACAACCCUUUUGUACAAACAAAUAAAUUACGUCCGAUAAAUAGAGUAAAAGACCAAGGAAAGAGAAAAACAAGAAAAUGUACGAAAAGAGUAAACAGAUGACUAAAAUCUUAUUUCUGCGAAUAAAUCAACUACAUCGAUCUUUACAAAUAUAUUAAAAGUAAUGCUUAAAAUUAACGAUAAAACUUAAAGCUGGGACUUAAAAUUCAAGGUUAAGACUAAGGUUUGAAACUACGACUUAAAACGAAAAACAAACAAUGAAUCCUUCGUUGACCUUCACCAUCUAACACAGUUGCUUAAUAUUAAUUUAUUCGAAAUCUUAGAACAAGAACCUAGUUAAAAGUAAAACUA